AUGGAUGACUCAGAAUCCUCCUCUGUUACCAGCGAUGAGGCAGAGGCUCAAGAAAACGAAAACUCACGUUUGGCUCGGUCUUUCAAGAACUAUUGGAGCAAAUCACCAGAAGACGUCGCGGACAUUCUCCGACAAUGGAAAGAAGUCAAAAAAGAGUACACUCAGAAGAAAGCUGAAUACAUACGGCUCAGGCCUAAGUAUCGCCGCCUAUGCAGAAAAAUGAUUUCCUACCAAGCAAAUUACAUUGUCAACAUCAAGCGCAUCCCUUCAACCAUUGAUCUUGGGCAAUUAUCCGCGGACCAGCUUGAGUUGCUCCGCCGAGCCCUUGACCAAGAAAAUAAAGCUGGUGAGGCAACAUGGAAAGUCUAUGAGAUACAGAAGAAGAUGUGUGCGGCCUAUGAUGCUGCCGAGGAAUUGAUCAUUUUUCGAGAGGAGCAUUUCAUCCUGCAAGAAUCGGAGCAGCAAUAUCUGGACAAGGGAAAGACUGCAAUCGCCAGUCGUCGAUCCGAAUGCAGAAAGGUAGGACUUAAAUUCAUGAGACUGCGCGGGAAGAUGGCAGAACUAUUGGGGGAAGUGGACUGA